GGAGAGGUGUGUGACAGCAACGAGAACUGGAGCCAGCCAGUGCUGGGGACCCCGCCGGACGAGGGCUCCAGCCGGAGCGAAAACACAACAAAUCCGUCUGAUAAUCUGCUGUUAUUAGUGCAGAGACAGAUGGUCCAGGGCCGGCUUAGGGACGCCGCCCCGAGCCUGGGUGCCGCGCGGCUGUUCCUCCCCGAGCGGGGGGUGCGCAGCCCCCCCGAGGGAGCGGAGUGCGGGAGCACCUGGGACCCUCCGACCGCUGCCCCCCUCCUGGGGAGCCCACCCCAGCCAGGGGCGACCGAGCCUGAGCCGGGGACCCUCUUCCCAGCGCUGGCAGAAGCCGUGCAGCACCUCCAGGACAAGGAGCGCUUCAAGGAGCGGGAGAAGGAGAAGCACCACAUCCAGCUGGUGAUGUACCGGCGCCUGGCCCUGCUGCGCUGGAUCCGCGGCCUCCAGCAGAAAGUCGUGGACCAGCAGAACCGACUGCAGGAGAGUUUCGACACCAUCCUGGACAACCGCAAGGAGCUCAUCCGCUGCAUGCAGCACG